AUAGCUCAAGUGUAGUAUAGUACCAGAUCAUUUACACAAAGAUUUAUUAAAGAUUUAUUGCUAUUUUGCUUUCAAGUGUUUUGUUGGUUAAGUUAUAUAGUUGUCUUGUUUCUUCACAUUUCUCAUCAAUUCUAAGUUUAUUGUCUCAUUUGAAUGCAAUUUUCCAUGGCUCAAUUACCACCCAAAUCACCAAACAUGACUCAAAAUUGGCCUCCUUUUCCUCUCCAAAUGAUGCCUAUCCCCUCCACUCCAAUGGGCAGAAACCUAAUUCCCACCACCACCUCCGCCACUGCCGCUGCCGCCGCCACCCAAACACUGUCGUGGGUGGACGAAUUCCUCGACUUUUCCUCGGUGAGGCGCAAUGCGCAGCGGAGGUCGGUAAGUGACUCAUUUUCCUUCCUACCAUUUCUUGAAGAAUACCCAACUUCUGCACCACCACCCACCACCGCCGUGCACGGUGGAAACACCGCUGGUGGCGGCGGCUUCGAGCGGCUGGAUGAGGAGCAACUCAUGUCGAUGUUCGCCGAUGAAACGACGAUGAGGGUGGCGCCGCCACCGGCUGUAUCGUCUCCGUCGGAUGAAAAUUGCAAUAAUGCAGAGAAGCCAAAGUCGCCGCUGUCGCCGCCGCAACAGCGGCGUCUAAAGGAAGAGCCACCACCAGAUGAUUAUGGUUUAUGCAAAGCUGACACACCAGAACUGGCAAAGGCUUCCAAAGCCGCCGUAGCCUCCGGCGGAGACACUAUCGUCGAUCCCAAGAGAGUUAAAAGAAUUUUGGCGAAUCGUCAAUCAGCACAGAGGUCACGAGUGAGAAAGCUGCAAUACAUUUCAGAGCUGGAACGUAGUGUAACUACUUUACAGAUUGAAGUAUCGGCAAUGUCACCGAGGGUUGCAUUCUUGGAUCAUCAACGGUUGAUUCUUAAUGUUGACAAUAGUGCACUCAAGCAGAGGAUUGCAGCACUUGUUCAGGACAAAAUUUUUAAAGAUGCUUAUCAAGAGGCAUUAAAGAAAGAAAUAGACAGAUUAAGACAAGUAUACCAUGAGCAGAACCUAAAGAAGAUGGCUGUCACCACCACCACCACCACCACUGCAGCAGCAGCACCACCACCAUCAACACCGCCGCUGCCGCCAACAACCUCCGACAACAUUGGAUGUACGGACAAUGAUAUAUCUUCACAACAACAACAAAAAUAGAUAAUAAUAAUAACAAAAAGCAAUACUAGGGAAUGAGAGGUUGCUGUGCUUUCUGCUGCCAUUCACGUGAUGUGUUUUCUUCUUUCCCAAUUUUAAUCUAAUGUUUAAGUGGGACCCUUUUAUGAGCUUGGGAAGAUCUGGGCCAUUCAUACAAAUGAAUCACCCAAAAUCACAUAAAUAAACGGUAUAGAUUAAAGAGUUGAUUCCAUUUGUCUCAAGCUUUUUAUAAAUAUUUUUUAAAUUCUUAUUACAUCACACGAUUAUAAAUAUAUUGAGACACCAAAAAAAAAAAAAAAAAGAAAAAGAAAAAGGAAAAAAGAUUCGAGUCUCGAGAAUUCUGUGCCUUUUAUUUGUGUUUUCAAUUAAUUGUAACUUCAUAUAUUUUAGAUUUUAAAUUAAUGUGGAGGGAAAAAAAGAGUUGUUUGUGGAGGGUGUGGGCUGUGUAUCGGGAUGUAUGAUAGUAGAGGUUGUCAGAAUUUGUGUAAUUAAUGUCUGAUCAAUAUUAUUUAUUUUUUAGAACUUUU